AUGUCAUUAGAAUUUUAUAAACAAAUAUUUGAAGAUUGUUUAAAUGAUGAUGGAUUAGUUGUAAUGGGUAGUGGAUUAGGAAUCCAUAAUAUAAUAUUAGGAUUUUUAAAGUUUUAUUCAGAUACAGAUGAUUUGGUAUUGUUUUUAGAUUGUCAAUCCAAUGAAUCACUUCAAAAUUCAUACCUCUUUUAUCAUGAACGUUUAUUAAAUUUUGGUAUCAAAUAUUCAAAUUUACCAACAAUGGUAAAUGUAGAAACUGUUUCAAGUUCAACAAAAACAAAUAUGUAUUCAAAAGGUGGUGUUUAUUUUGGUGCCUCUUCAAUAUUUGUUUUAGAUUAUCUUACAAAAAGAAUGCCUUGUAAUUUAGUUUCUGGUAUUAUCAUUCAAAAUGCUCAUCGUAUAACUGAUACUUCAAUAGAAUAUUUAUUAAUUAAAUUAUUUAGACAAAAUAAUAAAAAAGGAUUUAUUAAAGCAUUUACAACAGAACCAAGUUUAUUAGUUGAUGAAAUUGGUAAAUUACAAAGAACUAUGAAGUAUUUACAUUUAAAGAAAUUAUUUUUAUGGCCAAGAUUUCAUCAACAUAUAUCAUUGAUUUUAGAUAAACAUCCACCAGAUUUAGUUGAAUUAUCAAUUGGUAUGACAAAUUCAAUGAAAAGAAUCGAAGAAUCAUUACAUUUAAAUACACAACGUUGUAUAUCAUCAUUGAUUGCAAUUAAUAAAUUACCAAGAUUAAAUGGUGGAAAUGGUGGCAAUGACUCAGAUUCAUUUGAACAGAUUUUAAAACAACAAUUAAAACCAAUGUGGUCAAAAUUAAAUUUACAUUCAAAACAAUUAGUAUCAAGUAUAAAACUAUUGAAUCAAUUAAAGAAUAAUCUAUUAGUUUAUGAUUGUGUUACAUUUUAUAGUUUAUUACUUUAUAUUCAAGCAUCUUCAGAUUCAUUAAAGGAAGGUUUACAUACAAAUUCAAACUAUGUUGAUGAAGUUCAACCUUGGUUAGAAUCAAAAGAAGCUCAAAAUUUAUUUUCUGCUUCUCAAGAAAGAGUUUAUAGAUUUAAAAAAUUAAAUAGUUUAAAAAGUCCACCAAAAAAAUUAAAAACUAUAAAUAAUGAUAGUAGUAGCAGUAGUAGUAGUAGUAAUCUUGAAAAAAUAUUAACAUUAGAAGAUAACCCAAAAUGGAAUGUGCUAUAUCAAAUAUUACAAGAAAUUGAGGAGGAUAAAGAAAAACAAGGUACAAUUUUAAUAUUUGUAAAAGAUGAAACAACAGUUAAUCAACUUAGUACAUAUUUGGAUUAUGGUGGUUAUAGUUUUUUAUUAGGAAAAUAUGAAAAAUUAUGUAGUAAUCAACAAUAUUUAGAUGAACUUAGAAAAAAAAAAGAAGAAAAUAAUAAUAAUAAUAAUAGUAAUAAUAAUAAUAACAAUAAUAAUAACAAUAAUAAUAAUAAUAGUGUUAAAUCUUUAUCAUCUAAUGAUAAUGGUGGUUAUUCAAGAUAUCGUAGAACAAAGAAUUUUAAAGAUAAUAGAAAACAACAAAUUAUUGAAACAUCUAAAAAGAAAAAAGGUAAAGGUGGUACAAAUGAUCAAAAUUUAUUUAAUAUGGGUAUACAAUUAGUUGAUGGUCAUAAUAAAUUAAAUAUACCAAAUCCUAAAUUUAUAAAUCAAGAUGGAAGUGGUGGUGGUGGUGAUAAUGGUGAUGAAAAUAAUAAUAACAAUAAUAAUUUAAAUAUUAAUGAUGGAUUAACAAUUGCAUCAAUGAAUGAAGAAAUUAAUGGAUUAAAUGAUUUUUAUGAAUUAUUAUCACCACCUUAUAUUGUAAUACAUCCAAUUAGUAAAUCGUUAACGAUUUUAGAUGAAAUUAGACCAACUUUUAUAAUUGUUUAUGAUCCAGAUAUUUCAAUCACUAGACAAAUCGAAGUUUAUAAAGCAGAGAAUCCAGGCACACCAGUUAGAUUAUAUUUUAUGACAUAUUCAGAUUCAUCGGAAGAGUAUCAAUAUAUUUCAAAAUUACAAAGAGAGAAAUCUUCAUUUGAAAAAUUAAUUAGAGAGAAAACAAAUUUAAUCAUUGAUACUGAACAAGAAGGUAAGAUUCAAUUGGUUGAUAAUAGUAAGUUAGAGUUAUUGGAUGAUAUGAAAUCAACACGUAAUUCAAGAUUGGGUGGUUUAAUGAAAAACUUUGAUUCAAUACAACAACAACAACAACAACAACAACAAAAAAAGACUAUAAUUAUUGAUAGUCAUGAAUUUAAAUCAAGUUUACCUGUGGUUUUACAUAAUAAUGGUUAUGAAAUUAUACCAUUACGUUUGGAAGUUGGCGAUUUCGUUUUAUCACCAAUACAUUGUAUAGAAAGAAAAUCAGUUUCAGAUUUAAUUGGUUCAUUCAAUUCUGGUCGUUUAUUCACCCAAAUCGAAGCAAUGAAUCGUAUCUAUAAAAAUCCAAUACUAUUAAUUGAAUUUGAUCCAAAUCAACCAUUUUAUUUAGUUGCACCAGAUGAAUUACAAAAGGAUUAUUUAUCACCUUUUUCACUACCAAGUAAAUUGGUAUUCCUUACUAAAACAUUUCCAAGAUUACGUGUUAUUUGGUCAAGAAGUUAUUAUUGUACAACUAAAAUUUAUGAUCAAAUUAAAGAUGGUUAUCCUGAACCUGAUCCUUCAAUGGUAAAUGUAAUACCAGAGGUUAACGAUGAUCAGAAUUAUAAUUUCAAUGCUCAAGAUGUACUUCGUACAAUGCCUGGUGUAAAUGAUAAAAACAUUAAUUUAAUUAUGGAUAAUGUUGAUGAUCUUUAUCAUCUUUCAAAAUUAUCAUUAUCAGAAUUUUCAACAAUUAUGAAUGAUUCAGUAAAUAAUAAUAAGAAUGCAACAUUGUUAUUUAAUUUCUUUAAUAAUCAAUUAAAUCAAUAA